GUUCAUAGAGCCGAGGUGCAGGAUGUCCCGUUGAGGAGAAAAAAGCCCUGCAGAGGAGCAGAAGCAACACAAGCUGACGGGGGAAAGGAGUGCAACUCAAAGCAAACAGCAUUUACCAAAGCUUGUUUUUUUGUGAAAAUGGGCUCUUCGAUGAUAUUCAGCUGUCGUCGGAUUGUUCUCAAAGUGUUUUUGUUUCAGUUCAUCGCUUUUCAAUCAACAUAUGCUGCCCCUUCGCCUAUUAUCAGGUUUCCAGGAGACGAUACUCCCAGAACAGACAAAGAAGUUGCUCUGCACUAUCUGAAUAAGUUUUAUGGAUGCCCACAAGACAGAUGUAACCUCAUGGUGCUCAAGGACACCCUGAAGAAAAUGCAAAAGUUCUUCUCUCUGCAAGAAACUGGAGAGAUUGACCCCAAAACUGUGGAUAUCAUGAAAAAGCCCCGCUGUGGCGUCCCAGAUGUGGCCAAUUACCAAUUCUUCCACAGGAAACCCAUGUGGCAGAAAAAAGACAUUACUUACAGAAUCCUUGGAUACAGCCCCGACCUGGACGAGGGAGUCAUUAAUGAUGCUUUCUUCAGAGCCUUCAAAGUGUGGAGCGACGUCACCCCACUCACAUUCGAACGCUUAAUGGACGGAGAGGCUGACAUCAUGAUUAACUUUGGCCGCAAUGAGCAUGGAGAUGGUUACCCCUUCGACGGCAAAGACGGCCUCUUGGCUCAUGCCUUUGCUCCGGGACCAGGAAUUGGCGGAGACUCUCACUUUGAUGAUGAUGAGCAGUGGUCGCUGGGAGAUGGCCAAGUGGUGAAGGUGAAGUUCGGCAAUGCUGAUGGGGAGUUCUGUAAAUUCCCCUUCCUGUUCAUGGGCACUGAAUAUAAAAGCUGCACACCUCAGGGUCGAGACGACGGCUUCCUGUGGUGCUCGACCACUUACAACUUUGAAGAAGAUGGCAAAUAUGGCUUCUGCCCUCAUGAACUACUGUUCACCAUUGCUGGAAACGCAGAGGGCGCUGCAUGUAAAUUCCCCUUCAUCUUUCAGGGAGAAAAGUAUGAUUCAUGCACGACUGAAGGCAGGGAUGAUGGUUACCGCUGGUGUGCCACCACUGACAACUAUGAUGUGGACACGUCCUUCGGGUUCUGCCCUGAGACUGCCAUGUCCACUGUUGGAGGAAAUGCAGAGGGAAGCCCCUGCAUCUUCCCCUUCACUUUCUUGGGUGACACCUAUGAGGCCUGUACCUCAUCUGGGCGCAGUGAUGGCAAGAUGUGGUGCGCCUCCACCAAGAGCUACGAUGAUGACCGCAAAUGGGGUUUCUGUCCUGACCAAGGCUACAGUUUGUUCCUGGUGGCCGCUCAUGAGUUUGGUCAUGCCCUUGGCUUGGAGCACUCUCAGGACCCCGGAGCAUUGAUGGCCCCCGUCUACACUUACACUAAAGACUUCAGACUUUCUAAUGAUGACAUCAACGGCAUCCAGGAGCUUUACGGUGGGUCGACAGACAAGCCUUUGUCUCCAACCCAGGGUCCAGUCACUCCAAUGGACAUCUGUAAAGAGCCAGUUGUCUUUGAUGCUGUAGCACAAAUCAGAGGAGAGACCUUCUUCUUCAAGGACAGGUUCCUGUUCAGGUCAGUAAACUUCAGAAGCAAGCCCACCGGCCCGAUGCUCGUGGCCACCUACUGGCCGGACCUGCCUAUCAAGAUAGACGCUGCAUAUGAAAACCCAGUGGAGGAAAACACAGUGUUCUUCGCAGGUAAUGAGGUGUGGGUCUACAAAGCAGACGCGCUGCAGUCAGGCUAUCCCAAGAGGCUCUCCAGCUUCGGACUUCCCACUGACCUGGCGAAAAUUGACUCUGCCUUCAACUUCAGGAAGAACAGGAAGACUUACAUGUUUGCUGGGGACCAAUUCUGGAGAUACAAUGAAGAUACAAAGACAAUGGACGCUGGCUUCCCAAAACUUAUUGCUGAUUCUUGGAAUGGUCUCCCAGAUGACAUCGACUCUUCCUUCAGUCUUAAUGGCAUUGAUUACAGCUACUUCUUCAAAGGCAACCACUAUUUCAAACUGGAAGACAGCAGCUUGAAGAUCGUCAAGUUGGGUGAAAUCACAAAGGACUGGCUCGGCUGUUGAGCAUUUCCAAAGAGUCUCACAACUAGCUAAAUCAUGUAAUGACAUCUGGCCUCAUAAGGACAUUGCCAUAAUAACGCACACAUCUUGAGGUGGCCGCAGUGCACACUGUUGUAAGUUUUUAUUCUGGCAACUCUGCACGCUUCUGUGGGAGACAUGCCCCUUCCAGCCUGUAUAACCAGCCUCCUGCUUUGUAGACAGGCACCUCGGGACCUUCUGCACAGGCAACAUAUGCAACUGGAUAUAAUACUGUUUGAUGUUGACAUUUUGUUUUAUAUGCUGAUGCAGAUUUAUUACAAUAUGUACUCCCCAUUUGAUUGUUUUAUAGCUUUUGCAUUUGUUUUUUAAAAACUCCGACAUCAGGUAUGUCAACACUGCCUUGAACGCAGUGCUAUACUGUGCUGUGAGAUAUUGCCGUUGUUAUGCAAAUGUAAUUCUGGAACUCUGUUUGACCCCAUAUGAGGAAUUGAUGUUGGCUUUGAAUCACUUUUACUAUGUCCAGUUUACUAAGUGCAGUUUUAUAAAUGUAUGACUUUUAUUUGAUGUUCUCAUUGUUGUUUAAUACAUUUGAAAAAAAAUGAAUUUGCACAAUGUGUUUGACCGAAGAUGGUGCUUUAGAGAUAGCUUUUUGCAUAUAGUCCUAUAUAUAUACAUUUUAUAUUCUCUGUGCUUAUGUCUGACUACUUAGCAUUCUCUGGAUGUCAAAAAGUCGUAUUCACAGGCACACAUUAUUCUCCAUUUGGUUAGCACUUUGUAUAGGACUGUAAAGGGACUGCUCAACUGCAUUUCCCUACACUAAUGGUACAGGGAGAUUAAGGGCACAGGUUGCCCGUAGAGGCUGUAUUAGUUCGCUGCAUGAUGGAAUCAUGACGAGUACCGCAGUAGUAUUGUUUAAUAAUCUCUUUUUUUAUAUUCUCUGUUUUUCUCUUGGUUUUUUUAAAUACCGUUGUGUUUUGUGUUGUUUUUAUGCUUGUGCACUUUGUUACUGUCAUCAAUAAAGAUGGUCAAUAUAAU